AUGAUGUCUAUCGGCUCGAAGCGGAACAAGGGGAACGGCGUUAAUCUAUUUGUGUUAGGUCUACUAGCUUACUCCACGACGAUCAAUGCGUUGUCGGAAUAUCAAGUUGUGGAAGUUGUCAAAGGAUUCGCGGAUAGUUAUUUAGCGCCAAAGAAUAUCGAAGUGGCUAGGAGUAUAAACAGUACACUAUUUGCUGAGGAUGUUACGGGAACUGCGGAUUUAUCGACAAAAAGGAGAGUGUCAGCUAAUCAGAUAGUCCUAUUGCUUGACAUCAGUUUCGAUGGUAGAGAAUUGUCAACUGAAUAUCUAUUCGGUCUAUUUGUCAAUACCGCAGACGAUCCAACUGACCCUUCGCCGUUCGGAUCACCAAUAUCAUACAAUGUGACAGCUCUAUUGGUUCAACAUAAUUUCAUCUCUACUUCAAUCAAAUUUCAGUUCCAUUAUCCAAUACUGAACGAGACUUUCCCAAUUCAAAUCGACGCUUUUAUGCAAGUAAACGAGAAUAGUGAGAUCCAGCAAUACGACGUAUCAUUCAGGAGAUGGGCUUGGGCUACUGAUAAUAUAAUACCCAAGCUUAUACCUUUUAUGCAAAAAGGUUUGAAUCUGACCAACAUUACCGAUACGUCUGUCAUCCUACGAACAUACCUCUCUGAAAAGAUAUGUCAGAUGGCAAUGGAACAUUGUACAGGCCCGAACGAGCAGUAUAAAGAUACAGAGGGAUGUAUGACGUUUCUGAGUGGGAGGGAGAUAGGCGAAUGGUAUAGGAUGGGAGAGGAUAAUCUCGUCUGCCGACAUUUGCACGUACCGAUGUUACCUCUCAGACCAUCUGUACAUUGUCCGCACAUUGGUCCGUCAGGAGGCGAUAUGUGUAUCACACGCGACUACAAACAAGUGGUCAUGGACUCGCAUUUCCCGCAAGGAUGGUUAGCACCUAAAUACGUCACUCCGGAGAACCAAGAUGAGGUAGGGGGUAUUUAUGCCGUGAGCGGCGAAGAUUUAGAUCCAUUGUUAGAGAUCGCUCUUAGUCCUGGUGAUAGUCAUUCGUGGGAUCCUACGCUGUAUGCUACUGCCUUACUAGGUUACUUUCUGAUGUUCUAUGUCGUGUCAAACAUACUCUGGUUUAUCUACUUCAGACAUUCUUCCGUAUUUCCUACUUUGGGUUUGGAGCAUCAGAAAAACGUUGUCAUGUAUACGAUGAACAUCAUCUUCACGACUAUCGCCCUCGCUCUCGAGUUAGUAGCUGCUCCAGCUUUCGCACAACGAUAUGCCUUAUGGGAAGUACAAUGCCUCCGAACGGCGGGAGUGCUAGUUUCCGCUUUGUAUAUAUUCGAAUUGAUAUAUAGAUUGAAGAUGAGAAUACCCAUGAUCGCCCACCAUUUCUUGACUAUCAUUGCUAUUUCCUUCACCGUUACGGUAUUUGAGUAUACUCAGUCAAUGUCAUAUUUGAUUUCAGCCGUUAUAUGGCUAUUCCAAGCUACGACUGAACAACCUACAUUCUUCGGAUUACUGGGGUAUCGUCUAGAUUGGGAUCGUCGGAGGGUAUCGAAAAUCCUCAGGCUAGCUGCUGUACAGACAUUCAUUUUCAAGUCAGCAAGCGCCAUUGCAUUAGUAGUUUACUGGGGUGUUCAUCAGAAUUAUUCGUUUAGACCCAUGGAUAAAGCCUGGACUAGCAUGGUGUUCAUCCUAGCCAUUGGUCUUUUGUUAACGCAGAUAUGGGGAUCUUGGGUGACCUAUCAAAUUGCUAGGAGAAUAAACAAACAGCCCAUUCAACUUGCAAAUCCCAAGUUCAAAGGAUCCAACUUGGCGAUAUAUCAGACUAUAAGAUUGAAGCCUGAAGAUGAUGGUCAACAACAACAUAAACGAAAUGAUUCUUCUGGUACUCAUACAGGUUUAGAAGAUGAUAUUGAUCGAUAUGAGAUAAUGACUACGGACGAUUCUACUCCUAUCUCAAACCCUACAGGGGGUGGUCUGAAUAGAUUACCUUCUUUAUCUUCUUUAGAUGGGACUGGACGGAAUAGGUUGAUGAGUAACGCGGAUUAUAACAGGGUUAGAGAUAAGGUUAAUAACGAGGGGGCAAGCGGAGGAGGAGCGGGUUUGAUGGUUGGAUUGGAUCCUGCCAACAUACCUUUACCGAAAUCACCUUCUUUCCUUUCUCCAACGACAUCUUCAGCAAGGAGCGAUGACCAGUGUUUGUUUACUACGUCAAAUACACCGGUGGAUCGUGCUCUGUAUGAUAGUAAUGGUGAGAGUGGGAUAAGGAAUUCAGCGAGUUUCGGUAAAGCUUUAUAG